AUGGCGUCUCCCAGCGCUUCCUCGGCAACAUUGUCGUUGGAAUCAUUCGACAUCGAUGAUCCGCAUUCCCCCGUCAGCUUCGUUCUUCUCGACGAGAAUAACAAUGAGCAAAGAGACCCAAGUCCUCCGUCAUUGACGAAACCGUCCCUGAACGUCGAAACAGAGCUCGAUCCAUGUCUUCUCAAAAGUGUGCUUUCCGAUGGCCCACAUACCAACACUGUCAUCCUCCCUGAUCAUUACACCAACCCUCACUGCGUGCACAGUCAAUACACUCUUUCGCCGUCUAUGAGAGCAGCCUUGGACCCUGAUCCAGGUAUCCUGAAAGCUGUACUCUCAGAUGGCAACAACAUCUACAACGAGCGAAUCAAUAAAGCGGUCGCAAAUCGGAGAGAGACUGCGCUCUCCAUGCUCCCCCACGCUCCUAUGCCCGACUUUCCAGUCUCAGACAUGUCAUCUGAAUUUGGGCCAAACAGCAUUCGGGUUCUCUGUGGCAGUAAGGUUGGGAUCACAACCCCUCUCAUGGAAACCAUUCGUGAGGGGCUACACGAGAACAUGUCGACGCUGUUGGAGGCUGGAGCGAAUCCGAAUGGGGUCCCAUUGCAGGUGAUGGAAGACUAUGCGGCGUUCUUCCUGCGAUUCAGACCAAUGAUUCCAGCAUUUACAGAUGAAGAAGGAGAUGUGGCGAGUAGGGAGGAACUGCUCAAGUGCAUGGAUCUCCCCCAAAUCUCAAGCAUCACUUUGGAGGAAGUUGAGGAUCGGCUCUACGAAGGUACUCAACCGUUUUUUUGCGAGGAAGCAUUUACUCCAACAGCAUUCUAUCACCAUGGGGAGUCGAUGCCUUCUCUUGUUGAAGCUGCAAGAUAUGGCUCAAUCGACAUGUUCGACAUGCUUUUAGAAGCGGGUGCAGAUGCAAGCUUCUGGAUGUCGCCCCAAUUCUACGUCCCAGACCCGCCAUCCGAGAGCAGCCUCAGCGUAUCAAGUCCAUUGCAUGCUGCAAUUCAAAACAGAGACAAUGACAUGCUCAGACAUCUCCUCGAUAUCGAUCUCGAUCCCAACGUCAUGCCUCUUGCGAAUCCAACUCGAUGCUUCACGCCUCUCAUGGCCACAGUCAUUUACAGCGAAAAUUUCAACAAAUAUGCUUUUGAUCUCCUUUGCAGUUAUCCAGAAACUAAUGCCGAGGUACGAACUCCAAUUUAUGGGGUGCAUCUCCUUCACUUCGCCGUUGCGGCGUUGAAUUUAGACAUCCUCAAACACGUUUCGUCGAAGGUCCCGCUGAGAAAUGCGGGAACUACGGCGCUUGGUCAUACGUUAUUACACAUUGCGUGUAUGCCUUCCGAUGCACUUGAGGUGCAACGCCACUCAGAGGUCAUCUAUAAGAGUAUUCAUGAAACUCGAGAUCUCCAUGCAAGAAAUGACCCCUAUGCCCAUUGUGCCCCUGACAGAAGCUGCGAUCCUGUAUUUGGAUUGCAGUUUGAGCAGCAGACUGCUGUUGUCAAGUUCCUCUGGGACAAUGGGAUCACUGGGGUAGAGCAAAGAGAUGUGCACGGGAACACGCCUCUGCAUUAUCUGGUAGGGUGUAGGUCAGUUAAUCAAGAACUGCUGACUUGGUGGUUAGAGAAGCCAAAUAUCAACAAAAUUUGGAGGGAGUGCUUGAAUAAUUACGAAGCCACUCCCGAAGAAAUGUUCUAUUCAGGUGAGAGGGCUCAGAAAGAGGGCGCAAACGGAUGGCGGCCUUGGUUUAAAAGGUCGUGGACAGAGGAAAGGGUGAAGAGGAAGCAGGAGAUCUGGAGAGCUCUUCUAGGUGAGAAUGCGAGGAGGCAGUUGUGA